AUGGAUAAAAAGAUAUCCUCGAUGGAGACGCCGACAGAGAUACCAUUCGGGCAGCAUAACAUCCCCACAGAAGCAGAAUUUAUGGAAGAGGCAAAAGAGAUGCUGAAUUUAGCCAAAAAGAUAGAUAAAAGCGUAAUUUUUGGAGAUAAAGAAGUCUUGGAAAGCAAAGCGAUUCGAAUUGUCGAAGAAGAUUAUGAGAAGCCAGAACUGAAGAAAACAUUCUCUGAAAUUCUUAGAUCUGGGCAAAAAGAUGAGCCUAAAACAGAUGAUGACGAAAAACCAAGCGAGCCGACCGAGAUCGAGAAAAAAUUCAGCUGGGAAGAUCCCGAAUGCGUGGAAAGACUCAAAAGCAUUUGGGAUGAUCCGGACUACUGGGAGCCUCAAGAUCUAAAUGGCGAAAUAAAAGUGGACUUUGAAAACUGCGGCGAGUGGUUUUACUGCUGCUAUGGCGAGAAAUUUCCAGCUAAGAGCCACUAUUGGCCAACAAAGCAGACAGAACGGGCAAAACCCGUUUUGCGCCGGCACAGAUGCAUGAAAAAACGCUACGAAAAGUGGACAAACAAGAUGAUCGAAUUAGGCAAAAUUCGCGGCAGAAGACUCGCCGCUAAAACUCGACGAAAAGCUCUCGAGAAAAAGGAACUUGAGCGACGAAAACAAGUCGGAGAAAAAACGCCUAAAAAGGUCCCUGGUGGUCCCAAGAAUUCAAAACGAAAAUAA